GCACACAGCACCAUGAAUAUCACUCGCCCUCCUCCGUGCAUCCCCACCCCACCCUUCUUCUUCCUCUCCUGCCGUUCCCUCACUAAAGUCCGUCUCAAAUGGGUGAAAAACCGCGGCCUUGACCACAUCAUCGACCGCGACACCGCCAUCAAAGCCGCCAUCCUCCUCAAAGACGCCAUUAAACGCAGCCCCUCCUCCCUUCUCCCUGCCCGCCACCUCUCUCCUCUCCAGAAACCCCUCGGCCUCACAAUCCCAGUCCUCCGCUUCCUCCGCCGCUACCCCACCCUCUUCCUUCCUUCCUCCCACCCUCGCUUUCCCUCCCUCCCCUCCUUCUCGCUCUCCCCCGCCGCCCUCCUCCUCGACCGCCAAGAAUCCGCCGCCACCUCCUCUGUGGACGCCUCCUAUCGCCUCACCCGCCUCCUCAUGAUGUCCCGCUCCCGAUCCCUCCCUCUCCCCACCAUCCACUCCCUCCGCUACGACCUCGGCCUCCCCGCCGACUUCGCCGACUCCGAUCUCUUCCACGUCUCUCGCCGCUCCGAUGGUAUCCCCUACCUCGUUCUCAACUCCUGGCGCGACGAUCUCGCUGUCUCCGAGCUCCAGCGUCGCCAUCUCGCCACCAUCAACUCACCCUCUUACCGUGAUCUCAAGCUAACGCCUAUCUCCUUCCCCAUGCGCUUCCCCCGUGGGUAUGGAUCCAUGAACAAGGUCAAAGCUUGGAUGGAGGAAUUCCACCGUCUCCCUUACAUCUCGCCGUAUGAAGACUCGUCUGGGAUUGAUCCUGAGAGUGAUUUGAUGGAAAAGAGGGUUGUUGGGAUUUUGCAUGAGGUUCUUAGUUUGAUGAUUCACAAGAAAACCAAGAGAAAUUAUUUGAGAGGGCUCAGGGAAGAGCUGAAUUUGCCGCAUAGGUUUACUAGGGUUUUUACUAGGUAUCCUGGGAUUUUUUACUUGUCUCUCAAGUGUAAGACGACGACUUUGGUGCUCCGGGAAGGGUACGAGCGUGGGAAGCUUGUGGAGCCGCAUCCGAUUGCGCUUGUAAGGAACAAGUACUACUAUGUGAUGAGGACUGGGGUGCUUUAUAGAGGUAAGGGAUUGACAAGGUUGGCAUUGGAGGAAGAUGAUCCUUUGGGGAUUAAUGGUAGUGAGGAUAGAAUGGGAGAGGAAGUGAUGGUUAAUGAUGCUGAUGAGGAGGAGAAAUGUGAGAGUGAUGGGAAUGAUGAGUGCUAUGAGAUGAGUUCGUCAGGAAGUGAUUUAGAAAGUGAUUUGGGGUCUGAUGAAUACUGAGGGAUGAUGAGUGUUGGGCAUUAUUCGCUUGAAUAGGCGGCUGCGAUUUUUCCCUGUUACCAAUGUAGCUUCUCACAGUCAUUCAGAAACCUCAAGCUGUUGCAUAUAUAUGACUGUCAAUUAAUCAAGUUGCUUAUGUGGUGCCAUCUUAACCAUGGUAAAAUGCCCUCCAUCCCUCUUUUUUCUUUUAUCCCUCUAUUCACUAUUCUAAAUCUGAAGUUUGUCAUCUUCACUCUUUAGAAUAAUGUUUGUUAGGGUUUUAUUUUCAAAUCUUGAUCCCAUUGAAUGAAUGAAUGGGUGAUGAUCCGAAGGUAUGGAAGGGGAUCUUAUGAGGAAUAACGUGAUGGAAGACAAGGUGGCGAGGAUGAUUCCUUUAAAUUUGUCUAACACCAAGUGAGAAGACAUACCAAAAAUAGCAUUAUCAAGGGAGGACUCACAAAAUUCCUUAAGUUCAUUUUCAACAAAGCUCUUCACAAUCUCAUCACUUCUCUUUAUGUUUAUUCACUUUAUUGAUAUUGAAUCAAGAAGUAAAGAGGAUUUUUUUUUUAUAUAUAAAAUCUUAUGAUAUAGUUUUUUUUU